AUGAAAUUAUCAUCAAUUUUCCUACAAGGUUUACUCUUAUCAGGUAUUAUGGCUUCACCAGUUGCUACAGAAAGUUCAAUCAACACUGAAAACUUAUCCUUACCUGGAAAUUUCACUGAUCCAAUUAUAUCAGAAGCUGCAGGUAAAGGGUAUCUUUGUAAUGAUGCUAACCCAAAUAAUGCUCUUUGUUAUGGAAGUGUCAAAAAGUGUAUCUAUAUGACCACUGGUGCUGGUAAACAAAAGAACUUAGUUGAUUAUGCUACUAAGAUUUGUAAGUUUUAUUGCAGUGAACUUAAAUCAGCUACUCAAUGCAAACAAAGCAAAGUUAAAGCAAAUUACCAUCCAAAAUGGAAAUGUGAUGAUUUAAAAUAUUGCUAA